UGAGAGAUGGAAGAAAAAAUGGGAAUUGGGAGAUUUGGAGGGUCUUUGAAGGUGGCUAAUGUGCAGGCUCUCGCUGAAAAGCUGAGCUUGGAGAUUCCGGAUAGAUAUGUCAGGCCGGAGAGGAAGGAAGACAUAUUGGCAGGCGACGACGAAAUCUCCGGUGAAAGCAUUCCGGCCAUCGAUUUCGGCAAGUUAUUCGAUUCCGAGUACUCCGAGGAGGAAGCUGCAAAGCUCCACUCGGCCUGUGAAGGCUGGGGAUUCUUCCAGCUAGUAAACCAUGGUGUACCUGAAGAUGUCAUAAGCAAACUGAGAGAAGUCGUGGAAGAGUUCUUUAAGCUUCCAUUAGAAGAGAGAGAAAAAGUUGCUCAAUUACCAGGGCAAAUAGAAGGCUAUGGUCAAGUUUUUGUUCAAUCGGAGGAACAAAAGCUUGACUGGGCAGACAUGCUUGCCGUUGCAACAUUACCUCCAAACAUCAAACAAUUCAGGUUUUGGCCCACUAAUCCACCUUCAUUCAGGGAAAAUCUAGAGAGGUAUGCGGAUGAGGUAAAGAGAGUGGCCGAUGGCAUUCUAAAAAUGAUAUCUAAAAAUCUGGGACUUGGAGUUGACAAGCUUUACGAUAUGUUCAAAGGAGGGAUUCAAAUUUUUAGAUUCAAUUACUAUCCUCCAUGCCCAACCCCUGAGAAGGUCUUAGGCCUCUCUUCUCACUCUGAUUCUGUAGGAUUGACAAUACUGCUACAAGUUAAUGAACUACAGGGGCUACAGAUCAGAAGAAAUGGUGGAUGGCUCCCAGUUAAAGUUCUACCAGGAACUUUUAUCGUCAACAUUGGCGAUAUCAUUGAGAUAUUAUGCAACGGGAAAUAUAAGAGUAUUGAGCACAGGGCUAUUGUGAACAAUGAAAAGGCACGGCUCUCUGUUGCUGGAUUCCAUGAACUAAACUUUGGUGAUGUGGUAGGACCAAUCCCGGAGAUAGUGAAAGGAGAUAAGUUGCAUUAUAAAAGCUUGGAAUUUGAAGAAUAUACAAAACAGAUCUUCUCCUCUAAACUCGAAGCGAAGAGCAUCUUGGAUCUCAUGAAAUUGGAUGAAUGA